AUGAGCACUAAGACUUUGACUGUAACUGUGCACCGUGUGGACGGCCUUCCCCACUCGGUGGAACUUAACACCACCGACCCCUAUGUUGACAUUACCUACGGAGGAUCUAUGAAGCGGUCCAAAACUCUUAAGGACGCUGGUUCUUGCGGUAACUUUGAGGAAUCGUUCACUUGGUGCUACGACACUAGCAAAGACGACAUCGAACUCCUGGUCAAGACAAACAGGAAGAUGGCCUCCGACAAGACUUUGGCCCACAAUGUGUUCCGCAUUCCGCGCAACACUGGACCCCAUGUCGGGUGCCAGAUCGAGAAGGAAAUUUAUCAAGGUCCUGCCUACAAGGACGAAGGUACCGGAUACCACUACCACUACAGUGGCCAAGUUGCCUUGAUCAGUGACACUGACAAGUGCAAUAAUCCGGUGUUGAAUAUCACGGUCCGAAUUCAGUAG